GGUGGCAACUGGCACGUCCUCUCCGGAAGAAUAAUCAAACGGAAAAAUAAGGAGUGUCAAGUGUACGCGACGAACACUUUGGGUUCCAAAUUUUUUAUUGUCCACCAGCGUCCACGGAAGAUUGUCAAUUGGGUUUGUGACAACUAGUUAUUCUUUACAUUUCAAAUCAUGCUCGACACGUCGGAACACAGGUUUGAAAUCGAAUGCAAAUUAGAAGCCGAGGCUACUGGCUUGGCUGCAUUGAAGGCGGAGAUUGAUCACAGUAAACGUGUUACUGGCGGUAUUGUUGGAAUUUUGUCAUCCUUGGAGCAGCGCCUUGCUACGCUCCAACGUACCAUUUUACCAGUCUAUACGGAGACUGGAAAUCUUCAACAUCAACAGCAUGACAUAGAAAAAACUUUAUCAAUACUGGACCAUGCUAUUGGUUAUUAUGGGGUUUGCCAAGAGGUUGAAUUGGCAAUACGCAGUGGACCUGCAAGUUCCAGUGGUUUGGAUGCCUUCCUUGAUGCCAUGAACCGGUUACAUAAUGCACAGCGAUAUUUUCAAAAAAAUAAUCCCAGUUCUGUUGAAUUGGAGAACGUUUCGACGAUGUUUACACUUGGUUCGGAAUCCCUAUAUGCCGAGUUCAAAGAUAUUCUAGCACGGCAGAGCAAACCAGUGCUGCCCAUCGCUUUACUCGAUUUAAUAACAUCAGAUGAAGAUGCUAGUAGUGGUGAAGAAGCAUACCAAUCAUUGUGCCAGUUACCAGAAGAGGUCCUUGACGAUUUAAUCAAAAUAGCAAACUGGCUUGAAGAAAGAGGUUACAGAAAACACGGACAAAUUUAUGCAUCUGUUAGAUCGGCAAUUGUUUUGAGGUCGCUUCAACUUCUCAAGGAACAUCAAAGGAGCGCCAGCGGUGGGAGUAUUCAUGCCACUAGUCCCAUGCCUAGAGCCAAAUUUCCGCACAGGCAUUCUCUAGCUGCACAGGAGAAUGCUGGACGAAGAGCAUCACGAAGAUUGCAACAUGUGCUGGAGAAAAAAGCUACCUUAAUGUUAUUCAAAGCUUCACAAACAACAGGAUUAGGACUCUCUUUACCCUCGGCUCGACGAUCACAGCCCCAGCUCUCUGGUUGUGUACCGGAAGAUGCCGCGCCAGAUGAGCAAGAAAUGGAAAAUUACCUGUUGCUAGCUGCUGGUCUCCACAAACUUAUGCAGGCUGAACGAGGUCUCCUCGCUCGUAUACUGUCUCAAGCCUCGUGUCCUCAGGUGCUAGAAGCUACCGUACGUGAUGCCAUGGACUUCGUAGCACAUGACGGUGAAAGCAUUGCUACACGAGCUAAGAGAUGUAUCGCGAGACGUGAUUUUUCUGCGGUUUUAGUUGUCUUUCCGAUCCUGAAACAUCUUAGUGAAUUGCGACCUGACUUGGAGAGAACUGUAGAAGGCUGUGACUACGCGCUAAGGUCCAAAUUUGCUUCGGUACUCAACACUUUGAAUUCCACGGGUGCCAAGGCAUUGGAAGAUUUCGCUGAGAAUGUACGAAAUGAUUCAGGCACUGCUUUACCUAAGGACGGAACAGUUGCCGAGAGUACAAGUAAUGUUCUAGUCUUUUUGGAACAUCUUGCUCAAUGCUCUGAUACAGCUGGAACUGUCUUAAAGCGCGGCACUGGUACGGAUUCGUCAUAUGGAAACGCAUUGACUUCAUCGUUGCAGCAAGGAGAGGAAAACCAAAGAAUACUACUUGGAGUAUAUAUCAAAAAGGUCCUUGCACAACUUAAUUUGGCUCUCGUGAACAGAAGUGAUAUGUCCUAUUCUGACGUAGCAUUACGAAUGCUUUUCCGUUUAAACAAUCACAACCAUGUGAUAAAUGCAUUGCGUCGGAGCUCACUGAUGGAGUUACUACUAUUAGCUGAACCAUCAGCUGAAACAACUUACCAGGAUUUAUUGGCUCGGGACAAAAUCAAUUACGUCGCAGCCACAUUUGCCAAAGCAAUUACGCAUAUUGAAUUAACCGAUGACUUGGAUUUAGGGUCCAAAGUCAUAAAAGAGCGAUUCACAGGGUUUACGAGAGAAUUUGAAGAAACUGCGAAGUGUCAGCGUUCAUAUUCAGUUCCAGAUGCCCGACUCCGGGAUGAGUUACGCCAUGACUUACGAGAAUCACUGUUGCCACUGUACAGUAUAUUUUAUGCUAAAUAUCGCGGUAUCCCAUUCUCCAAAAAUCCUGCAAAACAUGCUAAAUAUACACCGGAACAAGUUACUUCUAUCAUAGGAACAUUUUUUGAUACUGCUGCAUAACCAAAUCAAACAGAUAUUCUGAUAUACAAUAGUUGACGCAAAGAAUACUAGAAUCUAUUAAUUCUUUUUAAAAUUAGACUCGUUCAAGCAUUAUAAUAUUGAGGAAAAAAUGUAUUAUAGUUUACUUACAAAAAAUUCGAUUUUAAAUUGUAACUGCUCGUAGUAAUUAAAUCAGUCCACAGCA